GAGGUUUCUAUUCAUUUGACUAAAUGCCACGUCUGAGAACGAAUAGACACUUGAGAUCUUCUGUUGGGAAUAAUUUAUCUGAUAAAUCGUUAUCACUGACCCGCAACAUUGCAGACUGCCUAUCCGUGCAUAAUUACAGCAGACAGGUGAGAUGAUGACCCAUCGACGUCUGCUAGCACUGUUCACAGGAGCGGUGCUGUUGCUAGCCGCCCAGCUAACUGUUGCUCACAGUCACUCUCAUGACCAUGGGCAUGCACAUUCGCAUGGGGGUGGCGGUUGCCAUGGUCAUUCCCAUGGCGGUCAGAAGCUGCACCAGGGGGCGAGCAAGUGGAGUGCUGAGGCCAACCUGCCCCCAGCAGAGGAGUCGCACCACGGUCACGCACAUGACCACGGACAUGAUCACUCACAUGACCACGCCCAUGACCAUGGUCAUGCUCACGGACAUGACCACGCCCAUGACCAUGGUCAUGCUCAUGAGCACAAGGAGGAGAGUGGACACGGGCACACCCAAGGAGGGGAGAGGGUGAAGAGGCAGGUGGAGGGAGAGAAGAGGGACAUAGUGGAGCUCUGGAUGCAGGCCAUCGGUGCCACUCUGCUGAUCAGUGCUGCUCCCUUCCUCAUCCUUUUCCUGAUCCCGGUCCAGUCCAAUACAGACCAGCACCAGAACCUCUUGAAGGUGCUGCUGAGCUUCGCCUCUGGUGGCCUGCUGGGAGACGCCUUUCUGCACCUCAUCCCUCACGCCCUGGAGCCUCACUCUAACCAUGGAGACGAGGGACAAGGCCACUCUGACAGUGAAGAAUCACAGUAUCAUGGCCACUCACAUGGUGCUGCCCAUGGUCACAUGAUGUCAGUAGGGCUGUGGGUUCUCGGUGGAAUCGUGGCCUUCCUGGUGGUGGAGAAAUUUGUUCGCCUGCUGAAGGGUGGACACGGACACUCCCACUCUCAGGCUGCUCCUAAGGCAAAGGAGAGUGACGGGGAGAAAAAGGAGGGUGAGAAAGAUUUAAAAGAAAACAAAGAUGAGAAGACUCUAAAAGAAGUGGAGGAGAAAACUACAGACAUCAAGGUGUCGGGCUACCUGAACCUGGCUGCUGACUUCACACACAAUUUCACUGACGGGCUGGCCAUCGGGGCAUCGUUCCUGGUGGGCCCAGCAGUAGGCACAGUCACCACGCUCACCAUCCUGCUGCACGAGGUGCCCCACGAGAUUGGCGACUUUGCCAUCCUGGUCCAGUCUGGCUGCACCAAGAAGAAGGCUAUGUGUCUACAGCUGCUGACAGCCUUGGGGGCUCUUGCCGGCACAGCCUGCUCCCUAUUGGCUGAGGGGGUGGGUGCGGCCGCCACAGCCUGGAUCCUACCAUUCACUGCGGGUGGCUUUGUGUACAUUGCCACAGUGACGGUUCUGCCUGAGCUGCUGGUUGGCCGCUCCAGUCUGGGCCAAUCAGUGAUGGAGAUCCUAGCGAUGCUGGUUGGAAUUUACAUGAUGGUGCUAAUCGCAGAGUAUGAGUAAGACAGCGAGUCAUCAAAAAGUAAGGGCGGUAGAGGGAGGGAGGGAUUUAGAGGAGGAGCAGAAACCGAAUGUGAGAGAUGGAUUUAUACGAUUGGAGGGAAAGAUACUGAUGGAGUUUAAAGGAGAGGGUGAGAAGAUAAGUGACAGGCAUGGACUAGGUUCCAAAGGGGACUUGAAUGGGGAGUAGCAUUUCAACACAAACCAUCUGCAGGAUGAUGAGCAAUAAGAUAUGUACUGUACAAAGUCCUCAUCAGCAUGUCUAAGUCAGAUAGAUCAUCAAACCGAGACAAGCUGCGCAGAUGACUUGGAAGUUGUAGUUCAUCGUCCAUUUAUAAUUGCAGAGUUUAUUCCCUUUUGGUCAUAAAAAGGCUAACCAAAACAGUGUCCAUUUAAGUUGCCGUGAACUAUAGUUAAAAUUAAAAUCAAGAAUUGCAAUCAUACCAAUAUGUUUAAUGCUUACUUUUGCCUUUAAUUGUACUUGCAGAGAUCACAGAUUGAACACUAUAGAACUAGACAGUAAAGUGGUUAGGGCAUUUUCCUGGGUUUAAAUUCAGGGUUUAUUUGGAUCAGAGUAUGUUAGUCUACAACUGGAACAUUCCAAUGAAAUGAAAAGGGCAUAAUAUUAUAAUGUAUAGUCCAUAAACCAGGUCCCCAAACAGCAGCCAUCUUAGAUACUUGACAUAUAUGAGGCCAAGAGGCUCCUGAAAUGUCAUCAGCUUCCGGAAUGUGACUUAUUGGGAAACAUGAAUAAGCUGCUUUAGAUGUCUACAGCACAUGGCAGUUACUGACCAAGCCACUUGUUUGUAACUGUUUUCAUAACUGUUGGAUGCUUUCGAGUUGCAUGAAAAUCAUGAGUUGUAACAGUAUGUGACAAUAUCUAUUAAUUUAAUUAUUACUCAAUGGGUAAGUGAUGUAAGCUGUGCUUAGAGGACCAUUGGAGUAUGAUUAGCUUUAUAGUGAAUAAAUUUGUUUAAAUGUGCCCGUCACAUAAAUUACCUUCAUAAUGUGGAAAUACAGUAAAUUCAUGUAUUUAGGGUGGACGAGCCAUUUGGAAACUGAACCGAUUAUCCAGUGACAGGAAUUGGGGAAAUAGAUACAGUCCAUCAAAACAAAAAUGUAUUCCACCCUAAUUCAUCUUAAUGUGUCUGGAAGGAAUGUUUGACCUACCUUUGAACAACUGAAUGAUGAAUCCUCUUCUACUUUUGUUUAGUGUUAAUAAGCCGCGGCAGCAGGUUUUGUUGAAUUGUAACAUUUAUUCAUUUUUAUUCACGUGUACUAUUCUUUUUUUUUCUUGAAUGGGUGUCUGCUUUCCCUCCACUCUUGAAUAAUACAGUAGGCCUUAUGUGUCAUAAAGACAAUCAAUGCUGUAGCUGUAAUGUGGUUAGAAAGAGCUCCUUCACCCUAAACCAUUCUGUAUGUACACGACUGCAUCUCUGGGCUGAUUCCAAACCAACCCCACGCUGCUAUCCCCAUUUACCUUGUUGACUUUUUUGUUAUGUAUCUGAGAUGGUUUGUAUUGUCAAUAUUGUAUAGUAAGCUGCUUUACCUAGGCAUUUGAAAUAAGUAGGUUGUUUCCAUCCAAUGUAUUCCUUUACAUUGCCAGUCUUAUCAGAUGCCUUAAGUUGUCAACAUUGGCUUAUAGUUGGGUGCAAUGGCUUGAUUUGGAAUCAGAGCUUUUAAUCAGAGGGACCAAGUAAAAAGGACUAAUGUUAGUGGUGGGUGGGAGAUUUAGUAAGAGAGUAUGGUGGAAUUUGUGUUACUUUGUUUUCUUGACUUUUCAUUAAACAAUUAAGAUUCCCUUA